GUCCGAGAGACUAUCGUCCAGUGUAUCAGUGAGAACUCUUUCUAUAUUGCUGAGGACAGCAUGUGUAAUGCUGAUUUCAGGCCAGCAUCCAGGAGAAAGGCUUGCAAUAUUGAACCAUGUCCUCCAGUUUGGGAGGAAGGUGAAUGGAGUGCAUGUAGCCGUUCCUGUGGGGAGGGUCUUCAGAUGAGACCGGUCACCUGCAACCAGAAACUAACCCCAUCGGUCACUCGUCCAGUCUCUCUUGACCAAUGCAUAGGUCUUCCCAAGCCUUUGACCACUAGGCCAUGCAAUGCAGAGGUGGCUUGUACAGCAUGGAGUCCAGGGAGUUGGGGAGAGUGCUCUGCAGAAUGUGGUGAAGGUGAAAGAAGGAGAGAUCUGAGAUGUAUUAAUGAAGAUGGUAGUGAAGUACUUGAAUCUGAAUGUAGCCAUCUUACAAGACCAGAUGAGACGCAAUCAUGUAAUGCAGGAACAUGUACUACAUCAUGGUUCACUAAUGAAUGGGCAACACAGUGUUCAUCAGAUUGUGGUAGUGGAACAUUAUCUAGGGGUGUCAUAUGUAGUACAGAGGGUACCACAGCAGGAUCAGUACCUGAUGGUCAGUGUAGUGGUCAGCAGAAACCAGAUGAGGUCAAGACUUGUACCGAGGCACCUUGUGGUCCAAGGUGGUUUACUUCAGAAUGGAGCAGGUGUUCUGUAGCAUGUGGAACAGGAACUCAAACCAGGAGUGUUGUCUGUGUGUCAUCAGACGUCUCCCCUAUGAUACUACCAACCUACCAGUGUCCUGUGACACGCCCGGAGACCAGCCAGCCCUGUGAAGAAUCAGAAUGCGCUGGAGUACACUGGUUCACAUCAGAAUGGUCUGAGUGUUCACAAAGCUGUGGUGGAGGAUUCCGGACGAGGCAUGUCAAGUGUUUAGAUGGUUUGAUGCAGGCUAGUACACAAUGUGAACGAAGAGAUAGACCAAGUUUGACACAGUCAUGUAACAUACAACAAUGCAGCGUAGUAAGACCAAAUGUUCCGGCAUCUUGUACUGAUAGAUUCUCAUAUUGUGAUAAGAUCCAUCAAGCAAGGCUGUGUUCAUACUCUUACUAUCGACAGAGGUGUUGCUUCUCAUGCUAUCAACAAAACUGAAAAUAAAUUAUUAUAUUGCAUUCUCUCAACUCUCAAAUCUUUUGAUAUGAAAUGUUAUAUCUGAGAAUAGAAGAAUAAGAGUUUAUUUAGUGCAGUUGCUCGGUAAUAUUAUGGUGGCUGCAAUGCUGCAAACAAAUGAAGAAAAGAUUGAUGAGCACAACUCUUUACAUCACUGCAAGUAUUUGAAUGAGGUUGGAUGCAGAGGAUAGAAAUUAAAACUGCCUCAUGAUGUUAAUUUCAGUUUUAUGCAUUGCUGCAGCUUUUAUUCUUGAAAUAAAUUGACAGUGUAUAUUGUAAAAUGAUGUAUUUAUCUCUUUCAAAUAUACUUCAUCCAGGAAUUUGGAAUAUCGUUUAAAUAUGCACACACAAAAAUAGCAUCCCAACUUUCACUGUAAUCAUGAUUUUAAAAUGUUCAAUUGCAAAUCAAAAUUGCAGUUUCAAAUAUGAUUUUGAUUAAAAAUGAUUAAAGAAUGUGCCUUUUAUCUAUCACACUUAUGCUACUUUAAAAUGGUGCUUUUGGUUAACCCCUUGGAUACUGGACCUUCAAACAUGUGGGUUGGGUCUGUAGAAAACAUGUUAUAAACAUAAUCUUCUAGUCUCCAACCGGUUAAGAGGGUGCUAUAUGGUAAGAUGAUAAUUUGAAGAGCUCUAAUUGGGUUAGAGUUGUUUUGUUCAUGUUCUUAAAUUCUAUUUAUAUGAGCUAUAUGUACCUUGAGAUUGUAAUAAGAUGCAUUAGGUUUUUUUUACCUGGUUAUACUAUGCAUGAGGCAGAUAGCCCAGAUACUGUUAUCCUUUCUUACAUGUAUAUUACCCUGUAAACCAUGGUGCUGUUUAAUCUUAAGAUGUGUUUCUACCACUCUUAUUUGUCUCUAUCAUACAGUAAUAAUGUUUUGUACAUGAUUUAUACAAAACAGUUCUCUUUAUCAUGAUGAGUGGAUUUUUAACUUUGUAUAUUCUCUCAGCAAAGUGAAGUGUUGUGGAAAAUGUGACUAUUCUUGUUAGGUGACACUUGGGCUUGUCAUUAGCAAUUAAAUGUUAUGCUUGGGGAAAACAGGAUCUUACCACAAAGGAAAUUAUCAUUAUACAAUGGUCCAUUCUGGUUUUUUUUCUUUCUCUUUUGUUUCUUCAUGAAUAAAGCAGCAUUAUUCAUUUUUUUAAUCAUUUUCUUUGACAAUUUCUUCCCUUUAUCAAAGCAUAGAUGAAUAUGUCAGAGCCAGUUUCAACAUGACUUUGGGUCUAUGUAGUAAAGUGCUGUAGAUAGUGAGUCUUUUAAAUUCAUAUUACAAUUCAUUCUACAAGUAUGAUUGGGUAAGAUAGCCUGCUAUUAAUUGAAUUCAAUUCUGUAUGAAAUAUAGGAUAAAUCAAAUGGAAUUUAUUACAUGUUUAAAAACAUUGAAUAAAAUUACAUUUGAUUUGUGUAAAUUUGUGGUUUAAAUCUUGUGUAGUUUGAUUAGUAGAGACGUCAAAACUUGUAGAUUUCUAGAAUUUUGCUGCCAAUUAUUUAGCUUUUAAGUACAUUUUCUUUUUUUUCUCUCUGGGUUAUAUAUUGUAAGAUUUUAUUCAGGUAUGUGCCUGCAUUAGGUUGUAAGUUAUAUUGCAAUUUCUGUGUUAUGCAUUGUAUUGUCCAGUAUGUUAUUUAUGUAUGUAAUAUACAACAUCAAAAGUGCACAUUGAACAUGUUUGAUUAUAUUUGAAAGCCAUUUGUUAUUUCAUUUUAUUUCUUUCCCAAACAACAUCUAUUGUGAUUUCUUAAUCCGUUGCAGAAUUAUUUAUUAGAUAAAAAAUCAGCAGCAAUUAUGUGAUCUUUAGUCAAUGGUGAAAAAGGUAAUUCAAGUUCUUAAUGAAAUUGAAAACGAAUUAAACUGUACUUUGCAGAAUCCUCCCAAACCAAUAUAUUUCUAUAAAAAAGAUUAAUCACGGUAUUUUGUAAUUAACCUAACUUGUAAUAGAAAAAAUAAAAUAUUUAUAUUCAAAUGAAUUAUAUUUCAGACCUGUUUAAGGUAUUUGAUUAAAGAUAAUGUACAUGAACCAAUAUACAUUGUGUCCCAGAAAAAAGAAAACCAGGAUUCCCACAUUUUUUUCUUCAAAGACAAAUUGAUUAUGAUAUUCCAUUUACAUCAUACAAUUCAUUAUUCCUCUACAUUUUGAUAUCUUUUAUGUGACAAACAUUUCACGCAUUAAUGAGCAAGACGAGUUUGAAAUUUUAAUGUCAAAAUCAGGUUGCGCAGAAAACUUUGACCAUGCUUAUUCGACUCUCGGCUCAUUGGCAUUUCUUUUGUAUACUUUAUUAAGUUUCUCUCACUGAUCCCCGAGAGUGGAUUCAGAUUAACACGUGACUUUCUGCGCAAAUCCUUUCUGAUAGGCCUCAAUAUUUAUUGUUUGUCAUCUGCCAUGCAUGAAUGAUUUGCUAAGCUGUUGGUCUGAAAUUAAAGAUGAGAUUCCACUCUUACCGUAGUAAAAACAUAUUUAAUAAUUGUGAAAUCUCUGAAAAUGGGCUUCCUUUUUUGUGGGACGCACUGUAUAUGUAAUUUAUGAAUCAUUAAAUAUGUAGUAAUAUGAGGCCAUUUUAUGUGAUAAAUGAUAACAUUGUGUAUGCUGAUUAGUAUUUCAUGUUUGCUCAUUUACAUAUCAUUGUAAAUAUGGUUGUUUUGACCAGUAAAAUGUAUAUUAUAUUCUUUAGCAAAAUAAAAUGCCUGAAUUGUUAUUCUUAAAGAUUUUUU